CCUCCCCCCAACUAGAGAGUGCGCGAACGAGAAAGAAGGAGGGCGCUCCAGGCGACAGCACUGCAGACGCCAUUAUCCUCUGUUUCUCUGCUGCACUGACCUCGACGUCUUGCCUGUGUCCCACUUGUUCGCGGCAUAUAGGCUACUGCAGCACUGGGGUGUCAGUUGUUGGUCCGACCCAGAACGCUUCAGUUCUGCUCUGCAAGGAUAUAUAGUAACUGCUUCUUUAUUUUUCAACAGAUUGGUGUGCCCGUUUAAUAAAAGAAUAUGGAAACUGAACAGCCAGAAGAAACCUUCCCUAACACUGAAACCAAUGGUGAAUUUGGUAAACGCCCUGCAGAAGAUAUGGAAGAGGAACAAGCAUUUAAAAGAUCUAGAAACACUGAUGAGAUGGUUGAAUUACGCAUUCUGCUUCAGAGCAAGAAUGCUGGGGCAGUGAUUGGAAAAGGAGGCAAGAAUAUUAAGGCUCUCCGUACAGACUACAAUGCCAGUGUUUCAGUCCCAGACAGCAGUGGCCCCGAGCGCAUAUUGAGUAUCAGUGCUGAUAUUGAAACAAUUGGAGAAAUUCUGAAGAAAAUCAUCCCUACCUUGGAAGAGGGCCUGCAGUUGCCAUCACCCACUGCAACCAGCCAGCUCCCGCUCGAAUCUGAUGCUGUGGAAUGCUUAAAUUACCAACACUAUAAAGGAAGUGACUUUGACUGCGAGUUGAGGCUGUUGAUUCAUCAGAGUCUAGCAGGAGGAAUUAUUGGGGUCAAAGGUGCUAAAAUCAAAGAACUUCGAGAGAACACUCAAACCACCAUCAAGCUUUUCCAGGAAUGCUGUCCUCAUUCCACUGACAGAGUUGUUCUUAUUGGAGGAAAACCCGAUAGGGUUGUAGAGUGCAUAAAGAUCAUCCUUGAUCUUAUAUCUGAGUCUCCCAUCAAAGGACGUGCACAGCCUUAUGAUCCCAAUUUUUACGAUGAAACCUAUGAUUAUGGUGGUUUUACAAUGAUGUUUGAUGACCGCCGUGGACGUCCAGUGGGAUUUCCCAUGCGGGGAAGAGGUGGUUUUGACAGAAUGCCUCCUGGUCGGGGUGGGCGUCCCAUGCCCCCAUCUAGAAGAGAUUACGAUGAUAUGAGCCCUCGUCGAGGACCACCUCCCCCUCCUCCUGGACGAGGCGGCCGGGGUGGUAGCAGAGCUCGGAAUCUUCCUCUUCCUCCACCACCACCACCUAGAGGGGGAGACCUCAUGGCCUAUGACAGAAGAGGGAGACCUGGAGACCGUUACGACGGCAUGGUUGGUUUCAGUGCUGAUGAAACUUGGGACUCUGCAAUAGAUACAUGGAGCCCAUCAGAAUGGCAGAUGGCUUAUGAACCACAGGUUGAGUAUCAUAGUUAUUAUUCCUAUGCAGGGGGUCGUGGCUCAUAUGGUGAUCUUGGUGGACCUAUUAUUACUACACAAGUAACUAUUCCCAAAGAUUUGGCUGGAUCUAUUAUUGGCAAAGGUGGUCAGCGGAUUAAACAAAUCCGUCAUGAGUCGGGAGCUUCGAUCAAAAUUGAUGAACCUUUAGAAGGAUCCGAAGAUCGGAUCAUUACCAUUACAGGAACACAGGACCAGAUACAGAAUGCACAGUAUUUGCUGCAGAACAGUGUGAAGCAGUAUGCAGAUGUUGAAGGAUUCUAAUGCAAGAUAUUUUUUCUUUUUUAUAGUGUGAAGCAGUAUUCUGGAAAGUUUUUCUAAGACUAGUGAAGAACUGAAGGAGUCCUGCAUCUUUUUUUUUUUAUCUGCUUCUGUUUAAAAAGCCAACAUUCCUCUGCUUCAUAGGUGUUCUGCAUUUGAGGUGUAGUGAAAUCUUUGCUGUUCACCAGAUGUAAUGUUUUAGUUCCUUACAAACAGGGUUGGGGGGGGGAAGGGCGUGCAAAAACUAACAUUGAAAUUUUGAAACAGCAGCAGAGUGAGUGGAUUUUAUUUUUUGUUAUUGUUGGUGGUUUAAAAAAAUUCCCCCCAUGUAAUUAUUGUGAACACCUUGCUUUGUGGUCACUGUAACAUUUGGGGGGUGGGACAGGGAGGAAAAGUAACAAUAGUCCACAUGUCCCUGGCAUCUGUUCAGAGCAGUGUGCAGAAUGUAAUGCUCUUUUGUAAGAAACGUUUUAUGAUUUUUAAAAUAAAUUUAGUGAACCUA